AUGCCUUUCUCCCGCUACCUCCAGUCCAACGAGCGCGAGCAGUCCCGCGCCCGCGACGACGACCUCGACCCCGCCACCUUCUCCAACAACGUCCACUUCCAGCUCCCCAACCUCAUCUUCAACGCCCCCACCGUCCCCCCAGGCGGAGGUGCAGAGGCCCUCCCUGCCGGGCUCUACCCCCCUCCUCCUCCCUCGCCUGCCCACUCCCUCCCCGUCUCCCAUUUCGCACCCCAUCAACCGCUCUCCGUCCCCUCCGCCCUCGGCCUCCCCAUCUACUCGGCCUCCGGCUUUGAUCUCCUCUCCCUCCUCGCCCGCGUCGUCACCCGCCCGUUUCCCAAGAUCUGCCUCGGUCCUGUCGAUCUUUCCUGCUCCUUUGUCGUCACAGACACCCGUCGCUUCGAUGCCCCGAUAGUCUACGCGUCCCCCUCCUUCUUCAAGCUCACCGGCUAUGCCGAGCACGAGGUCAUCGGUCGCAACUGCCGCUUCCUCCAGUCUCCCGGCGGCCAGCUCCAGAGAGCCGACGAACGCGCCCACACUUCUCCCGACGCCGUCUCUCUCAUGCGCAGGAACAUCAUCGCAGACAAGGAGUGCCAGGUCAGCAUCAUCAACUACCGCAAGGAUCGCUCCGCCUUCAUCAACAUGGUCUCCGUCAUCCCCCUCCGUGGAGGCGUCCAUAACUCUCCUGACGAAGCCGACGACAUCGUCUACCACGUCGGUUUCCAGGUAGACCUCACAGAGCAGCCAAAGUCCAUCCUCAGCAAGCUCAAGGACGGCACCUACGUCGUCAACUACUCCGACAAGCCCGUCGCCCCCGCCUCCCUCGCCUCUCGUGACUGGCGCACCUCCUCCAUGUCAAUGCGCGGCAUGUCCAAGGACCUCCGUAGUCUUCUCGCCGAUUCCGCUUUCACCUCCUCCUUCCACCUCUCCUCCUCCACCCACGCCUCCACUGCUGUCGCUCUCUCCAACUCUCCCCCAGUGUCCGUCGCUCUCGAUCCUUUCGACGGCAACAAGCCCCUCCAUAUCUACCUCCUCGACCGCACCCCUGACUUCCUCCACGUCGUCUCUCUCAAGGGUGCCUUCCUCUACGUCGCACCCGCCGUCCGUCACGUUCUCGGCUACGACCCCGACGAGCUUGUCGGCCGCUCUCUUGCCGAUUUCUGCCACCCAGCUGACUCCGUUCCUCUCAUGCGCGAGCUCAAGGAGGCCUCGGCUGUACCCGGCGUGGCCGCCGCCACCUCUGGCGCCCCACCACCAUCGACGACUCCCUCUGCCCCCGCUGCGGACGGAACGCCCUCCGCCGCCGCUCCUCGUCCAGUCGACCUGCUCUUCCGCAUACAAGCCAAGGGCCGGGGAUACGUCUGGAUCGAAUGCCGCGGUCGUCUUCAUGUCGAGCCGGGCAAAGGACGCAAAGCUAUCAUUCUCAGCGGCCGAGCUCGGAGCAUGCCGCAUCUGCUAUGGGGCCCCAUUGCCAACGCAGGCGGACUGGUCUCCCCCAUCCCUCGCCCUCUCCAGCCACCAUCGUCCUCGUCCACUGCCGACGGCUCGGAGGACCCAGCGGCGCGCACACCGGAACGGGAAUUCUGGGGUCUCCUCAGCGCCCAGGCGACCUUCCUCUCUGUCGGCACCGCCGUUCGCGACGUGCUCGGGUGGGGAGCGCCGGAGAUGAUCGGCAAGCGACUCGCGGACGUCGUGAGCGGGACGUCCGCACACGAGGUCGGCCGCGCGAUCGACGUUGAGAUGACGAAGGUGGUGGCCGGCAACGGCGAAUACGCCGGCCUCGCCUGCGACGUGCACACCAAGGAGGGCGGUACCGUCCCCGUCCAUGUCGUCCUCUACUGUUCUGCGCCCGCCCAAGCCCUCGCCGAGGCUGCCACCCAGGUGACCCAUGGCGUCCGCCCGAGCGUCCAGGCCCCGAUCGUCUGCCAGGUCAAGCUCUACGACGGCGCCGCGCCCCCGCAGCGGUCUGCCAUUGUCCACGCACACGAUCAGAGCGUGUACGAUGAGACGGACCUGGAGCGCGGCAGCAGCUGGCGGUACGAGCUGCAGCAGCUCAAGUUCCGCAAUCAGCGGCUCGUCGAGGAGAUCACCGCGCUCGAGGCGAGCAUCAUCAAGAAAAUCCGGCGCAAGCAGACCUCGGCCGCGCUCGGCGGUGUAAACGGCGGGCGAGGGUCGGCGGGCCCGCGGCUGACCAUCAGCUUCCCGCAGGCGCAGCAGUCGCCUGCUGGCCAGAGCAAGCCCCCGCCGCUGUCGACGUCGCUCAACGUGCGCUUCGUGCCCGACACGUCGGGCAUGCCGCACAGCGCGGGCGCAGGGCCGUCGCCGUCAUCGCGGGACCCGCCUACGCCUGUCGCUCAGAUAGGGCACCGGCGACCGUACGCAGCGGCCGGCGCACAUCCAGCUCCCGCCGCCAGUGCUGCACGGGAUGAGCGGGCAGGGCCCGGGGUACGAGCACCUAUUGGGCAGAUGCCGCUGCGGAUGCAGCAGCACUCCGCGGCCGAUUCUACACUGCACGGGUGGAGUUCAUACCCCUACGGGGCGGGCGGUGGCAGACGCGGGCGGGAAUGGGUAUGGGUGCUGCCGAUGAAGCGGUCGUGGGACGCGUCCAUGCAGGACUCAGGCGGCGGAGUGGGCGGGGGUGGGGCGUAG